AUGUACGGAAACUGCCUUUCGGAAAAAGAAGCGGGCAUGUACCCGAGCACUCUCAGGAACCCCUCGGGGGACGGCGCUUCAGGGGCUGGCGGCCCUGGGAGUUCACUACCAGUCUCCAACGUCGCAGCAGCCUCAGCUUACGCACACUACAUGGGGUAUCCCCACAUGCCCUGCAUGGAUCCUCACGGACAGUCGCUGGGGGCCUGGGGUUCGCCCUAUAGUCCCCCCCGGGAAGACUGGAGUGCGUAUCCAGGGCCGUCCAGUACCAUGGGCACGGUGCCCAUGAACGACGUGGCCUCCAGUCCAGCCUUUGGCUCCCCUGAAUGUGGCAACCUAGGCGCCGCGGGUGGUGGAAACGGUGGGGGCAACCUGCCAGCUCCAACAGGUGGGUCACUGUUCCCCAUGGACGCCUGCGCUGCGGACGCCCAUUCCCCCAGCAGAAGCCGCCACAGUCCCUACGCGUGGAUGCGAAAGACCUUGCAAGUGACGGGGAAAACCAGGACAAAAGAAAAGUAUCGUGUGGUUUACACUGAUCAUCAAAGGUUGGAGCUGGAGAAGGAAUUCCACUGCAAUAAAUACAUCACCAUUCGGAGAAAAUCAGAGCUGGCAGUCAACCUGGGUCUUUCUGAGAGACAGGUGAAAAUCUGGUUUCAGAAUCGCAGAGCCAAGGAGAGAAAGAUGAUCAAAAAGAAAAUCUCCCAGUUUGAGAACAGUGGUGGCUCAGUGCAAAGUGACUCUGGCUCCAUCAGCCCUGGGGAAAUAGCUAACACUUUUUUCACCACCCCAUCAGCUGUCUGUGGAUUUCAACCUAUUGAGAUACAGCAGGUUAUAGUCUCUGAAUAA